AUGCAUGGUAAAGAAGAGUGGUUAAAGGCAUGUGUAGAUAUGGUAGUAAUGGAUGAGAUGCCAUUUAGUGUGGUUGAAGGAAAAGGGUUUAGGCGGUUUUGUAAUUCUUUGAACCCCCAUUUCCAAGUGCCAUCUCGUAGGACACUUGUGAGGCAUUUCAUGGUAAUGUAUGAUACCAUGAAACAAAAAUUGAAAGAAGAAUUAGCACCACACAGAGUAUGCCUCACAACGGACACUUGGACAAGUGUUCAAAACAUCAAUUACAUGGUCAUAACGGUACACUUCAUAGAUUGUGAUUGGAACUUAUACAAAAGAAUCUUGAACUUUUGUGUCAUUUUCAAUCACAAGGGGAACUCAAUUGGUAAACUCCUUGAGUCAUGUUUGCUUGAUUGGAAUAUGAAGAAGAUAUUAACCAUCAAGGCCGAUAAUCCUUCUUCAAACACAAAGGCUAUAGAUUACUUGAAGUCGAAAAUGGUCCAUUGGGGAAAUGGUAGUCUUCUAUUAGAGGGAAAGUAUAUGCACAUUAGGUGUUGUGCUCAUAUUGUGAAUUUGAUAGUUCGUGAUGGGUUGAAGAAGUUGGAAAAAAGCAUAUUGUGUAUAAGAAAUGCGGUGAAGUAUGUAAGAUCUUCUCCCAAAAGGUUAGAGGACUUUAAGAGUUGUGUUAAAAAAGAGCAAAUUGAAUGCAAAGGGGUUGUGGUGUUGGAUGUGCCAACAAGGUGGAAUUCCACAUAUAUGAUAUUAGAAGUCGCCUUAAAGUUUGAAAAGCCUUUUGGAGAAUGGGAGAAGAUGAUGAAGGCCCAUAUAUUUCUUGGUUUGGUGAAGAUGAACCGGAUCUCGAAGAUGGGGUGGUUAUAUCUCAUUACCCUAUAA